AUGGCUGAGAAAGAACCGCAACAGAAAAGGAAAAAGCAAUCUGUCAUCUCUGAUUUUGUCUAUUCAACUAAAUUUCAGAAAUUAUUUUCCGAUCAUUGGCACAAUCGCAUUGACAUAAAGACAGACAACUUUGAAAUUAUAUCAAAACCAUUUAGGGUAUGCAGAAUAUCAAACUUUAUUUGCAGCGAGGAACUAAUGGAUGAGAUAAAGAAUGAAUUGUUGGAUGUUAGAAUUAGAAGGAAUUGCAUAGACCUUUAUCAGUUUGAACAAACUGAGGAUCUCGUUAGCAUUGACAGAGAAAUUUUAAAUUUAUUGUACGAGACCUUUCAAACAGAUUUGACAGAAUGGAUGGAACGUAACACUAAUAUAAGACUUAGCAAAAAGAUAUCAAUGUCAAGUUCUUGUUACUACGAUACGGAUUAUUUAUUGUGUCAUGAUGAUAAUAUGGGUGACCGAAAAAUUGCUUUUGUAUUAUACCUCUCAAAAGAUUGGACCGAGGAUGAUGGAGGAGCUCUGGAUUUAUUUGACAUAGAUGAAAAUAAUCUGCCCAGGAAUGUUGUGAAAUCUUUAAUACCAGAAUACAAUUCCCUUGUGUUUUUCGAAGUUUUAGAGAACUCUUAUCACCAAGUAGCUGAAAUAACAUCACCUGACAAGUCACGUUGGUCUAUAAACGGUUGGUUUCAUGGACCACUUCGACCACGUGUGUGGCGACCAAGAACAGAAAUCUUGUCCAAUUACAUAGAUCCAAUACCCGAACGUGUUGAUUUGGAUUACUGGAUAUCAGAGUGUUAUUUAUUUCCUAAAAUAAUCAAACAGAUUCAACAGGACGUAGAAACGAGUUCGUACACAUUUCUAUCACAUUACUUGAAAGAUGAAAUUUAUGAAACACUUCAAACAGAUGUGACAUCUGAUGCAAUCGUUUGGAAGAAGGUUGGGCCAGCUGAUAUUCGUAAUUACGAAGUGGCGGACGAAGAAACUCUUCCCGACUUAUUGAAACAGUUCUACAAUAUGUUUAAGUCAGUUACGAUGUUCCAAUUGCUUAAAGAUUACACGGAAUUAGAUCUGAUAGUGUCGGAGGACGAGAUUACAAAGCCUAGGAUGCAGAUAGAGCUGCAGAGAUGGACGUCGGGCUCUUACACGUUGAUAUGUGACAAAUUGCUCGACAAUGAACCUUAUACUUACGUAAACGACGACAAAUCAUACAGCAAUAGAGCAUACUCGAGUGAAACCGAAGAAGCGCAAGAAAACCUAAGUAAUAAUAGCAACGAUGACGAGGAUAAAAAUAACACUAUAUCAGAGUGCAAUACUCCAUUGAGCUCCACCGAUCAGAAGGAACUCGACGAGAAUGAUCUAUUACAGAAAAUAGUUCAGUCAAAGUGUGCACGCACGGUGAGUAAAAAUUUAUUGAUGCCAUCUCCGUUAAAACUGAAAAGCUCAUCGCCUCAGAAACCUAAAUAUCGUGAUACCGACGAGUCUGAUGUAUCCGACAUUGCAGACUAUUUAUCCGAUCCUGUAGAAUGUUCGGACCUAGAGGAGGAACCAGGGGUUCUCGAUGUAAUAAUUCAAUUUAAUACCAGUCAUUUAGGCGAUGAUCAUACCAUAGACUACGUGAAUCCUAAAGAGCAAGACGACUUGGGAUGCAGUCCAAAAGAUAGUCGUGCGUCUUGCGUGAAACUAAAGGUGAAGAUUAAGACCACAGUGCGGAGAACAUUCUCAAUUGUUUAUUGGGUGUGA